GUGUCUCUGGCAGCAGCAGCAGCGGCGGCGGCGCGGGGUUGGGCUGAGCAGCCGGCGCUUCGGGCUUUCCGCUGAGGGAUCGCCAUGGCCGCCUCGGAGAAGCUGGUGGAGCAGCUGCGGCGCCGCGUCCGGGAGCUGGAGGAAGAGCUGGGCCGGGGGGAAGGAGGCGGGCAAGGCCGGCGGGCGAGGAUCGAGCAGAUGAGCCCGGAGGUGACCGACUCCAACCCGUACAGUCGCCUGAUGGCGCUGAAAAGAAUGGGAAUUGUGAAAGACUAUGAGAAAAUCCGCUCCUUUGCCGUCGCGGUGGUGGGUGUUGGCGGAGUUGGCAGUGUAACCGCUGAGAUGCUGACAAGAUGUGGCAUUGGUAAGCUGCUCCUGUUUGAUUAUGAUAAGGUGGAGCUGGCCAAUAUGAACAGGCUCUUUUUCCAACCACACCAAGCUGGACUGAGUAAAGUGCAAGCAGCAGAGCACACUUUGAGGAACAUCAACCCCGAUGUGCAGUUCGAAGUACAUAACUACAACAUCACAACUGUGGACAACUUUCAACAUUUUAUGGACAGGAUCAGCAAUGGAGGUUUAGAAGAAGGGAAACCUGUUGAUCUUGUAUUGAGCUGCGUGGAUAAUUUUGAAGCACGCAUGGCAAUUAACACGGCUUGUAAUGAACUUGGACAAAUAUGGAUGGAAUCUGGAGUGAGCGAAAACGCUGUCUCUGGCCAUAUCCAACUCAUCAUCCCUGGUGAAUCGGCUUGUUUUGCGUGUGCACCUCCACUUGUCGUAGCGGCAAAUAUAGAUGAGAAAACGCUCAAACGGGAGGGAGUUUGUGCCGCCAGCCUUCCCACCACGAUGGGAGUGGUCGCCGGUCUUCUUGUUCAAAACGUCCUGAAAUAUUUACUGAAUUUUGGCACGGUGAGCUUUUACCUUGGCUAUAAUGCAAUGCAGGAUUUCUUUCCCUCCAUGACAAUGAAGCCAAAUCCACAGUGCGAUGACAGAAACUGUAGACACCAGCAGGAAGAGUACAAGAAAAAAGCAGCAGAAAAUCCUAAAGUAGAAGUAAUUGAACAGGAAGAAGAAAUAGUUCAUGAAGAGAAUGAUUGGGGGAUAGAGUUGGUAUCAGAAGUUUCAGAGGAAGAAUUAAAAGCUGCUUCGGGUCCAGUUCUCGAUCUUCCAGAAGGAAUCACAAUGGCAUACACAAUACCAAACAAGGUGGAAGAGAACGCUGUUACUGGGGAAACUGUUCCAGAAUCUGAAGAAAGUCUAGAAGAACUUAUGGCUAAGAUGAAGAGCAUCUAGCACAAAGAACACUUCGAGAUUACUGUAAUUUCAGCAGCCAGUGAUGUGUAACAGAUUUAGUCUUUCAUGAAUAGUGCGUCGUCAUGUUGUCUUUUUGUUAAUUAUGUGAAGACUUUACAGAAGGUAUGAGGGUCCAGUGAAAACCAAGGCAAGCUGACAGGUUUAAUUUAUAACACAAUGCCACGCUGCCUUUUAAGCCCAGUUCAGGUGAGAGUAAAUUUGUUGAGCGUAAUCUGUUCCUCCUUAGGAUGCCUGGAUUGGAAAAGUGUCUAAAAUACUAACACUUGAUCUGCUUAAGCUUAUAGUUAGAAGAAUGAAAAGCUAUGCGAUAUAUAGAGAGAGCCUUGUUUAAAAAAUGAUUAUCAUUGUCAUACACCCUAGCCAAUUAUAUAUGACCGUUACAUGGAAAAGUAACUGUUUGGUAUACUUUUGUUAGCCCCAAGAGAAGUCUUUUGGAAAACUUAGUGGGCUGAAAAUGUGGGACGAGCCAAUAUCUGGUUCCUCUGGCCAUGCAGUGUGUAAUAGGAAGCAUUGAAUGCUAAAAUUUGCUAUCACCGAUAUACCAUUAUGGAGAAUACUGAAUUUGGAAAUGCUGUUGAGCCAUCAUGCCUAAAAUCCUCAGUUUCCAAAUAAGAGGAAAAUAAAGCAAUGAGGUGAAAGUUGCUUUGAAUUGAUAAGAGAAAACUGCACUAGGAGUAAGUUUGGCAAAUGAUCUAGUCUAUUAUGUUCAAUUGUAGAUUUAUCACUCAAGUGGUGUAGGAUAAAAAGCUCUGGGAAGCAGAAGUUGCCAGGGCUUCCUCCACCAAAGCAUUUAAUUCCCUUUCUAAUCCAGGCAGGUCAACCAAAAAUUGAAAGUUAAGCAGGGUUAAUGACACUUGCAGUCGCUCAGCACUUACAAGGUCUCUUGCCAGUUGCUUUAUAAUAAUGUCACCUUAGUAGUAUUUAUUUAAGUAAUAUUUCAGGUAUAUAUUUAGUAAACAAAGAAGCUGCAAUCCAAGAGAAGCCUAUUUAGAAUCAAUGGCCCUAAGGCUAACUAUUUUUAAACCACCUGCAAUAAACUACAGUUUAUGCUUGCUGGA